CACUGGACUUCUCUUGCACCUCGACUGAGACGACAUGGCGUCCGCAGGUCUCCAGAUUCUCGCCGUUGCUUUGGCCUGCAUCGGAUUUUUGGGCGACAUCAUUAUCUGCGCCCUGCCCAUGUGGAAGGUGACCGCCUUCAUCGGGAGCAACAUUGUGACGGCGCAGACCUUCUGGGAGGGCCUCUGGAUGAAUUGUGUGAAGCAGAGCACUGGACAGAUGCAGUGCAAGGUGUACGACUCCAUGCUGGCGCUGCCUCCGGACCUGCAGGCGGCUCGGGCCCUGGUGGUGAUCUCCAUCCUGGUGGUGUUCGUAGGAAUCCUGCUCGCCGUGGCCGGGGGGAACUGCACCAACUGCAUCGAGGACGAGGCGUCGAAGAGGAAGGUAGCAGUUGUGGCUGGGGUCUUGAUCGCCAUUGGCGGGAUCCUGUGCUUGAUCCCCGUCUGCUGGUCUGCUCAUGCGAUCAUCCGGACCUUCUACAACCCCAUUAUGACCGACCCGCAGAGGAGGGAGCUGGGAGCGUCGCUGUUCAUCGGCUGGGGGUCGGCAGGUCUUCUGCUGAUCGGAGGAGGACUUCUGAUGUCUCACCUCUGCUGCCAGGACCAGAGAAAGGACGACCGGUACCCCUACAGGGCCCACUACGUGAAGUCUGGCCCACCGUCCAGCUCCGGACCAAGUGUGAAUGCCUAUGUGUGAGUCUGCAAGCUGUCCGACUGCACAAGUGAAGCCUUCCAGACACGGAACGUUUUUAAUUUUUAUGUUGAAUGCGGAAUUCAAUUUGUUUUUAAUAAAGUCUU